AUGCUCAACCUUCAGUUAGUUUCAAAAUAAAUAAAAGAAAAUGUGCAAUUAACCCUGAAAUCACUCUUGGCAAGUAUUGGAUUCAAUAAUCCAAAUACAACUACUCCAUAAAACAUAAUAUUUCGUACUCUAUAUGGAAGAGAUACCUACUUUUGGUCAUUUGAUUAAAGUGUCAAACCUUUCAAAAGACGUCAUAUUCUAGAAAUGCCAGUAAAAUCAAUGCAAAUUGGAUUAACCUAUACUGGUAUUCUCACAAUUCAAAAUCGAUUGUACAUUUGUCAAUCGCAUGAAUAUUAAGAUCUCAUAAAUCAGAAACCGAACUUUAUAAUUUAGUAAUUUAUUUAAAUGCUUAUUAUUUAAGAUUAUAAGUAAAGGAAAAUUUAUAUACCUAAAAGAGACAGUGACUUAAUUAUUACAUUUGAAAAUCUUGAAGAAUACUUGAUUGCUUAGAAUGUUGAGUUUUUUGAAACCUCUUAUUUUUAACUAACUGCAAUAUUCUCAAUUCCUUAAAAGAUACCUUAAUUACACUCUGAUUAAACCAGAGCAAUUCUGUAUUAAUUAUAAGAUCUAACAACCCAGAAUUGUGAUCAAGCACAAAAAUACAAACAAAUUAUUUUACCAGAGGAUGAGAAUAUAAUUUAAGUUGCAAUGGGAAGCAAUGCUAUUUAUUAUUUAUCAAAAACCCAAAAAAUUUAUUAAUCUGACACAAAGAAUGAAUAAGUAUCAGAUCCUAACAUCAGAACUGUCCAUCAAAAUUAUUUUGAUAGAAAAUCGAUUAUUUCCAUUUAUAGUGGUCUGAACUAUUUCCUAGCUCUUGGAAGAGAGAAUAUUAAAUCUAUAAAGGAAUGGACAAAUGAAGAACUUUAAGCAUGGCUUUCUAAAAUUUAACUCAUUCAGGUAGACUAAAAAGAUACAUAACAAUAAUAACCAUAAUAAUAGAAUGAUGAGGGUGGAAAGAAGAGGAAGAAAAGUAGACAAGAUUAAAAAGAUAUUAAGGAUUAGAAAGAAUACAAAGAUCAAGAACAACAAUUACAAUAAUAGUAAUCUAAGUAUUGGAGUGAUUUUUCCAAGAUCUUCAUCAAAUCUAAUUAUAAGAGAGAAUACAAAUAUUAUUAUGUAAAUCUAGGCAAAGAUUAUCUAAUUGUUAUUUGUUCCAUUUUGGAUAAAAAAACUAUAUAAAACUAUUUCCCAGAAAUCUUAGAGCAGAAGGAAAUGCAAAAGAAAUUUAAACCAACUCUUUAGUUUAUUGAUAGAAUACUUUGGGAUGUCAAAUACAAUAAAGAUGAUUUUGUUGUUGGAUGUGAAGAUAGAUUCUUGGGAAUUAUGGAAGUUCCUCUUUCUGAUUAUACAAACAGCUAGGUUAAAAAGCCAUAGAGUUCAAUAUUUUAAAUAAAAUGGAAAAAUUGUGUGGGAUAGAUCUCGUAGACUUGA